AUGAAUGUUGCACUAUCCCUAUCGCAGCAGCGUGAUGACGAUAAAUUAAUUUUGGAUGUAAUUCCUCCCCCAGAGCUGCAUCUUUUAUUAGGCUGUGUUAACACUCUUUAUGGUAGCAUGGAUAAACUGUAUCCCGAUAUUGCUACAAAAUGGGCACAGCAAAGUAACAUUGAAAGAAGUUACACCAAUGGUGGUAAAUUUUCAUUUGCAGGAAAUGCAUGUAAUGCAUUACUCAACAAUGUUAAUAAACUUAAGUUUAUUAACAUUGUUGAAUUCAGCGGAUUUGCGAAGUUAACAGUGGAGGCCUAG